UGUGACAGUGGCUUUAGCAUAUGUCAAGUUUUUUUCCCUUCUUUCUGUAUACACAAUUCGGUUAGAUCGCACGCGUAUUUCGUUUGCUUGAACAACGUUUCACCAAUUUCAAACCACAACAAAAUGACUAGUGCAGUUAAAGCUGAAGAAUAUUUUUAUGCUACUACGCUUGAUAAAGAAGGAGAUGAGUCAGUAUGGACACCAGUGCAAUGGGAACCAGCCCAGCGUUUGGCCAUCAGACAAUUGAUGCUCGGUCAUACCGCAAAAGCCGAUGAGUACAAUGUUAUUGAAGUUGAGGCUCCGUCUGUGAAUGGUUCAGUCAAAAUUCCAAUCGCAGUGCUGAAAAUUGGUGAACAGCGUGUGGUUCAAUCAAAUCUGGAAUUUCCCGAAGGUCCAGUCACAUUCAAAUUGGUUGAAGGCAGUGGUCCAGUGAUUAUCACCGGUUUGCAGGCACCACCAGACACUAGCGCCGAUGAGGCUUAUGCCAUGGACGAAAUGGCUGGCGAAGAGGAACUCGUCGAUGAAGAAGAGUUACUGGAUGAAGAGGACUAUAUAGAAGAAGAGCAAGAGCCUGAAAAUCCACCAAAGAGACAAAAACUAUCGAACAAUAAAUGAAAUUCAAUUUGAAAAUAAACAAACUCGAUAAUUUUAAUGAAAAUUCUCUUUCAAUUCAUUUCAUUGGUCC